AGUUGGUUUAGUUUAUGGUUAGUUUCAGAAUUUCAGAUCUGCGCUUGUCACGAUAUUGUUAAUAAUUUGCAGAAAAAAUCUAAAAAGACACUUAAUUUUCAAAGGAUUUAGAAACCAACGUUUCUUACUUCUAAAACGUACAGCAAGCAGACUAAAUAGUUUGUAAAGCAAAUAGUUUUAAUUAAAGAUGUAUGUAGAUUAAAAAUGUUGUUAUAAAAGUAAUUGCUCAAUAUAUAAAUAGAAGUUAGUGAUAUUAUAUUUAUUGGAAAGGUGUGUUGUAUAAGUGUAAUAAAUGUGUGAACGAUAUCCUGGGUACUUGUUUGGAGGGACUCCUGUCAGUAGUUGGGACAGGAGUUUCAAUUCGCUGGAAAAUCAAAUCCAACAGCAGUAUCGAGGGAGGGCAGGCGCUGGUGCGCGCUGCUGGGGCAGUAUGUCGGAGGGCGGCGGGGUGUCCGCCGCUGGAGGGGACUCCUGCAAGACGAACCUCAUCGUCAACUACCUGCCGCAGACCAUGACUGAGAAGGACCUGUACGCGAUGUUCAUGACCAUAGGACCUAUAGAGAGUUGUCGAGUUAUGAAGGACUUCAAGACUGGCUACAGCUACGGGUUCGGCUUCGUGAACUUCACGCGGGAGGAGGACGCCGCGAGGGCCAUCGACACCUUCAACGGAUACCAGCUCAGAAAUAAACGGUUAAAGGUCUCAUACGCGCGCCCCUCAGGUGAUGAUAUAAAAGACACAAACCUCUACGUGACGAACUUACCGCGCGCCAUCACGGAGGAACAGCUAGAGACCAUAUUCGGCAAGUACGGCAGGAUAGUGCAGAAGCAUAUACUCAGGGACAAGAGCAAUGGAACGCCGCGUGGAGUUGCCUUUGUCAGAUUUGAUAAGCGUGAAGAGGCGCAAGAGGCGAUAGCGGCGCUAAACAAUGUGAUACCAGAGGGCGGCACUGAGCCACUCAGCGUCAAGGUGGCUGAAGAGCAUGGUAAGCAGAAAGCAGCGUACUACGCGGGAUGGGCGGCGGGCUUCCACCAUAAUAGAGGUGAUUACGCGUGGACGUGCGGUACUUGUAUGAUGCCGGACCCUUGGGAAAGAUUUUCAUCCCCACCCCUGCCCGGCAGUCACCCCACCACUCCAAGGAACGGCUGUAGACCCGGGGUCUGCGUUAACAAUAGAGUCUACCCCCCUAACUACGUAGGUAAAGGGGCCUCACGCGCAAGUAGAGGCAGAAACCUCCCUUGGGCCCCUAAUUAUGGAGCCGAGGAACGCUACAAAGGCCAACGCUGUAGAAACGCACCCACGCCAUAUUGGUAACCGUUAUAGCAUUUCAAAAUGGCCUCACGUUCCACGUUUGAAUAUUCAACUAUCAAACGUUCGGGUUUAACGGAUAGAUUUUAAAAGGGGAACGAGAUAGAUUAGUGUGUUUUGAAACAUGGACUUUAUUCCAUUAAAGAUAGAGUAGUUUUCUACUGAAAUGUUCUAUCCCCUAGUACAAGACCGUACGAUUCGCUUAUAAAAUAAUGAAGAAAUGUUUAUAACUCUUAGGCAGUUGUGAAUUUGAUCUCAGUACUUUGUAAAUAGUGUGAGGACGAUUGCCGAGUCUAGUUAUUUUAGUAACCUAUACUUGCUUGGUCCAUUAUGUUACUAUAGAAUUGAUUUAAGGCGGUUUUGAUAACUUCAUGAGUCGUAGUACAUAUUUUUUAGAAAAUUUCGCGAUUGGUCGGGUUCCAAAUAGUAUUUAUCAUGUGUAACGAACGCCCAACUCUACGCCUAGUCUUUGAACAGUAGAGAAGUGCCUCUGAUAUCUCCGAUUUUUUUCUUAUAAGUAUGUAGUGUUUCAUAUAAGUAAAAGUUUAUAUAUUAUCUAUACUGACUCAUUGUGCGUUGUUCUCCUUUGGAAUAAGGAACUUUCUUACAUUGUAGCCUUCUUUCAUUUAUUUAAUACCCAUGAUGUUGCGUUGCUUAACAUACCAACUUACUUUUCAUCAAUUCAAGUCUUAAGCCAGCGACAUAAAGUGCGUAUUUGUGUGAGUCUUUAUAACCCUCCCUAAACAGUUUAGUUAUGGAAAAGUAUACUCUAUCUCUAAUAUGGUAAUUAUUAUAGUCCUUAUUUUCCCCAAUGUCACUUCAGUACCUUCCUAGGUACAAGCCUCGACAGGAAUCAAUCGCGAAGUUGUAAAUUUUCAACUUUAUUACAAAAGUUUAAGGUUGAAAUUCUACUAAACAAACACAGCUGUUGAACGAAAGGAGUUUUUAACAUUAAGUUCUUUUCUAUAUUAUCAUAUGGACUCAAGUAUGUAUGUAGGUUACAAUUUGUAAAUAAUAAUGUACAGAUGUGUGUGUGCAUUUUGCAUUAUUUGUUUUUUAAAUGGAAAUGAGUUUUGAAUGCACUGCCAGUGUAAUUAGUUGGAUUUUUUAAAAAAAGAUCGUGGGUUUAGCGAUGGUAUUUUAGAAUCCUGGCUGCAACGGUGCGCUUGUAGGUUUUAUUUGCUAUUUAUUUUUUACGUGGAAAGUCUUAACGAGGAUUUUUUUUAUCUGUUAAUGGUUCGGUAUGAAGAUUUCUGGUGUUUUAUUAAAUGAAUCGUGUGCUUUCACUUCUAUUAGAUAUGAAAGUGAUAAGAACAGAAAGAUUAUAAGCCUCAUUUUUCAAUCUCAAGUCGUAAUAACACCCGAAUUUGCCUCUGCUAUAGUAAAGUCGACCUAAACCUACUGUGAUCUUGGUCGAUUUUGUGUGAUGCAAUUGAUGUGGCAAUGUGUGUUUACCUAUAAUAAGCCUUACCGUGUGGUAUGAAAGUUCCUACUUAAUAUAACGCAUCGUGUAUAAGAAGAUUUCCACGUAAAAAAUUGAUGGCGCCAAUUUUUUUCACACGUUCGUCAUAUUUUUUCUAACUUGUAUCUCGAAGUUGGUUUGUUUAGUUUUUGCUCAUGAUUUUUUGAUGAAUAACUAUUUAGUUAUAUCAUCGCCAUGAAUUUUGGUUUAUUUUGUUAUGGAAAAUAAGUUUGAACUAUUUUCAUUACAUUUUAGUCUUAGACUUUUUCUCUUCAUUCAAUAUGGCGAAUAAAAUAUGCUACUGCUAUGCGUGAGCAGGACAGAAUAUGGCGUUAAGCUACUGCUAUUCCUCUCUUUCGUGUUAUGUUAGAUAGAGGUUUUUAAUAAGUCAAUAUGAAAAUUGUUGAAAGUCAUCAAUUGCAUUAACGUAUGAAAAUACAACUCGUCACAUAAAAAUUUCAUCGAAAUCGGUCGAUCCGUUCUAGAGAUAUCAUGCCACAGACGUUUUGCGUCGGGGGUUCAAUCUAGUAAAUUAUACCUACUUAAGAGCAUUAGUUUUUUUGUAUUGUAACUUAAAUUCACGGAAUGCGAGAUCACGAGAUCUCGAGAUUCUCCUCAAACAGUUACGUGAAUAAGCCGAAAAACAUAGGUAUUUAAUGAAUUAGCUAUAUUAAUUUUAUUCUACACGUAUUUAUGAGCGUAUGAUAUGAUUUUAUGUAAUUUAUCCAGUGGAAACUCAGAUGCAGGGUGCAGUCAGAUAAGAGGGCUUUAGUAGAUACUAGUUUUACGUUAAAACUUGAAACGUAAUCGAAACACACCGCGUUCGGUGCUCAGAUGUAUAUGAGUUUCUUUUUCGUUUAAAGAAAUCGAAACGAGACGGUGUUCUGUACUCUGAUUGAGCCGGCCAAUCACAGCGUCGAACGCGGUGACGUUUAGAUCUUGUUCAGAUUAUAAUAAUAAAGUAAUAUGCUAGUCGCCAUAUUGAAUGAAAUGAAAUGAAUACAAUUCUAUGUAUGUAUU